AACCUUUGUGGGAGAAACUCCAGACCCUCGAGUGCCAUUUCAACUGGUGCCUGGAGGUGAAGGAUGAGGUGGACGUCGCUCACCUCCUGCAGACGCUGGCCGUCAAGGUGGAGCACACAGCCUAUCACAACCACAGGGUCUACCUCGCCAUGAGGGCCUACCUGCAGCAGCUGCAAGGGAAUUAUUCGGAAGCUCUAAGCAGUCUCCGAGAAGCAGAAAUGGGACUCCCAGAAGACCAUCCAACCAGCUUGCUGAUUUAUGGAAACUUCGCCUGGAUCUAUUACCACUUGGUCAACUACGAGAAGGUGGAGCUCUACCUGGGCCGAAUUCAUAAGAUUUGCCAGUCCCUGUCCAGCCCUGAGCCAUACUCUGUGCAGAUCCCUGAGAUCCACGCACAAAAAGGGUGGUCCUUUCUGGCCUUUGGCUUUCGGCAUGGGGACAAGGCCACCGAAUGUUUCGAAGCGGCGCUCCAAGAAGACCAGUCCAACCCGGACUUCCAGGCCGGCCUGGCAAUCUCCGUCUUUGCUUCCUGGACUCGCUCUUACGAUUUUCACCUUUGGGAAAAGGCCAAAAGCUUGUUGGAAGAGAUUCUCGACCGCCAGCCCCGAAACUAUGAAAUCAAAGUUCAUCUGGCCGAUGUGCUAAAAGAAAAAAACUGGAGGAGAUGCGAGGACCUCAUCAUGGACGUUGCCCGGAACAGCCUGAACCCCGAAGAUCUCCGACAAGCUGCCAAGCUUUGCAAGAAGAACCUCCUCCCCCGAGCCAUUGGCAUCUUGCAAGGAGCGAUCGCCCUGGCUCCCAGCUACCACCUCCUCCACUAUGACCUUGGCGUCUGCUACAAGAUGCAGCUGGGUAGAGCAGCUCCAGAAGAGAGGGAGGGGAUCCUUGUCGCCGCUAUCGAGAGCUUCCAGCGGGCCGUGGAAGCAGAUCCUCGGUCUAUAUUUUCCAGGCUGGAGUGGGCUCAGCUGUGUGGUGAAAAGGCCCCGCUUUACGCAGAAGAGAUGUAUCAGAACCUGUUGGAGAAGCUCCCGAUGGUCAGCAAGAGAUGCCAGCAGGCCAUCUAUCUGCACUGGGGGGAUGUCCUCCUCCAUAAGAAAGGGCUGAGGCAGCAGGCACUGGAGAUGUACGAGGCCGGCUACUCUAUCGCUGGUGGCCACAUCAAAGAGCGGCAGCUGCUGAGAGGGAGGCUGGUGAACCUGCGCAACAAUUUCCAGGAAGGCUCCGAGACAGACCGAGCUGCAGCUGUCUUUGAGACUCUUCGGCUGAGACCUAAGUUCCAGAUGUAA